AUGCUGUGCACCGGUCAUGCUGAAAAAUCAUUCUGUGUCUUGUGUGUAGCGGCACAUCUUCACGUAAUUCAAUUUCAUGUCUUAAGAAUUUUCGUAGGCUUCUCCAUUUAAGUUGUCGGGUAGGAAAUGUGGUCCUAUCAAAACAGUUAUUUAUAAUGCCCAUCCAGACAUUCAGACAAUAUCGCCUUUGAGAUCCUUUUGGUCUCUUCAUAUAAGGAUUUCCCACUGCACGUUCACGCCAAUAGUGAGCGUUAUGGUAGUUUGUUAUGUCGUCUUAUCCAAUUUUGAUUCGUCGGUCCAUACUCACGACGAGCUUCUUCAGCAUUUGCCUCUGGCAUCUCCAUAGUAGAAAAGAAUAUCGGCAUAUUCUUCGAAACUGA